GUAGGCGCGCGAUGGCGCUGAGGCGGUCGCUGCUCUUCUGAGGGCAGGAGGGCUGCCGGGGUCUUGGGCGAGUCCGCGCAAGGGACGGGCGCUAUGCGGGGCCCGCUGCCCCUCCUCUGCCGGCGUCUACAGAGAGCUCUGGCUGCGGGAGCUCCAGGGAGGGUCAGGCUUUGCCACGAGGCUCCGGCUCCCGCGGCUUCCGGAGGGAGCAAAGGCAGAGCUCAGCUAGGUGUACAACCUACCUUUGGCAUUCUGUUUGAUAUUGAUGGAGUAUUGGUACGAGGAAGGACCCCAAUUCCUGCUGCCCGAAAAGCCUUUCAAAAACUAUUUAAUUCUCAGGGACAACUUUUGGUGCCUGUAGUAUUUGUUACUAACGCAGGAAACUGUCUGUGUCAGAAGAAAGCAGACCAGCUGUCUCAUCUUCUUGAAGUUCCAAUUUCCAAAGACCAAGUUAUGAUGUCCCACAGUCCUUUGCGAAUGUUCAGGCGUUACCAUGACAAGUGUGUUCUUGUAUCAGGACAAGGCCCGCUCCUUGACAUCGCUAAGCAUCUUGGAUUUUGUCGGCCUAUUACAAUUGACAGGUUGCGAGAAACCUAUCCCUUAUUGGACAUGGUGGAUCAUGACAGAAGACCUAAAGUUUUGCACUUACCCACAAUGGAAUUCCCCAAGAUUGAAGCAGUUAUUUUGUUUGGUGAGCCAGUGAGGUGGGAAACCAACUUACAAUUGAUAAUAGAUGUUCUUUUGACAAGUGGCUAUCCUGGAAAUCCUUAUCAACGUACGUAUCCACAUAUUCCUGUAUUGGCUUGUAAUAUGGAUUUGAUGUGGGCAGCUGAAGCUCAAUCCCCAAGGUUUGGGCAUGGAACGUUUAUGGUUUGUUUGGAAAAUAUUUAUAAGAAGAUCACUGGCAAAGAAUUGAAAUAUGAAGCAUUGAUGGGAAAGCCUAGUGAAGUGACUUAUCACUAUGCAGAGUACCUCAUUAGGACUCAGGCAUCUGCAAAGCAGUGGAAGAGCCCUAUUCAAACGUUGUAUGCCAUUGGGGACAACCUGAUGACAGAUAUUUAUGGUGCUAAUCUUUACAACCGCUACCUUGAAGAGAGGAUCUCAAGAAGUUCUAAGGCUCAUGUCCAGGCCAAAGCCCUCGGGGGCACAAGAUCUGCCACCGUUUCUCAGGAAGAGGAGCUUGAGAAUUCUUGGGAAAAUGAACUUGCAUCAGCUACUGCCACAAGAUGUACGUCUGUUCUUGUUUGCACCGGAGUUUAUAACCCUCACACAGAGGUGCCUUCUGAUACAAGGGAGAACAUCACUGAGACUGUCUUUCACGGACACAGAGAUUUCAGAUUUGAUCCUGCUUUAGUAGAACCAAACCAUGUAGUGUCAGAUGUUGAAGCUGCUGUUGAUCUUAUCUUCCAACUGGAAAAUUUUGCACCACAUGAAAACUGCAGGACUUUCUAAUGACUUUGUGAUGCUGUUAUAUUCCUUUUCCUUCUGAAAAACUAAGAGGGGUACUUAAUAUCAAACAGUCUCUAACAUACUAAUGUUUUUAUAAGUAACAUUUUUAGUACAUUUCUUUAAAAAAAACCCAGAACCCCAUAUAUUUCUUUUCUGCGUCAAUUUAUUUUAAUGACCAAAACUGUUAUGAAUUGUACUUUUUAAUGAAUUUUCUUCUAAAUAUUGACUCCUGGUUCAGAGAUCCCAGUUUCCAGAUUUGAUUAUUAAUGUCAAACAGGUGUGUUUGGCAAUCAAAAUUCUAAAACAAGUACACUAUUAAACUCCACACAUUGCACUUAAUUCCCAAGGAAUUAAAAUGUGCCUGUCUGUAGUAUCCAACUUUUUCUUUAUUUCAUUACCUUCCCUUGGAUCAAUGCUCUGUGUGAACCACAAAAGCUGAAUGCUGAUGCUUUUCUUUUGUAUUCAAUUUGAGAUUGAAUGACAGAAUUCAUACGUGAACAGAAGGGCUUUCCCGAGGUAGGUAUAUGCAGAAUUCAUUAAAAUGAAUGGGGUUUGUAGGAUAGCAAAUACAAUUUUGCUCAAAUCCCACUUUGAAUAAGCUGCCUAAAGUUGCUUCUGUCAGACUUUGCCCUUUGGGUUUUAUUAUUAAUCGCUCUGGUGUUUUUGCUGUACUGAACAGCAGGAUUAAACAGUUCCUUGAGCUUUUAGUUUUAACUUGAAACUCCACAAGUGCGACCAGGUACUGAUAAGAUAAUGUUUUCUCUUCCUUCUGCUACUAAAUGUUACAUACUUAAUUUUUAAGGACUAUAUAUCUCAUAAAUGUAAACACUACAUUUUAUGUCUUAUUCUUUGAAACUUUGUUAACUGCAGCAGUCUGUCCAGUAAAAUAUUUUCUAUUUUAGAAAGCACAAAUUUUUGUUCAGCGUUCUAAUCCCUCUUUAAAGUCGUUUCAGUUGGCAGCUAUCCGUUAUCUCUAAUUUCUUCAUUUUGCUCUUGGGACAAUUAAAGUUCCUGUACGUAUUUUCUUAUCCUGUUUAGUUUUUGUUAUGAAUCUGUAGCAAGGAAUUUUAUCAAAGCUUUGAUAGUGCAAGCACGUAUUCUCUUUUCACCCAAACGUUUUUAGAUGUGUCACUCUUAAUAAAUUCUAAUAGGAAAUCCUGCUAAUUCCUUUUCUGCCUUUUUUUUCCUUCUGCACAUUUUCCAUCAGUUUAUUUAGAACGUGGCCUCCAUCCCUAUAAUUUCUUUGCUUCCACACUUCAAAUCUUGUUUAUUGUUAAAAUGGCCUUUGUCCACUUAUUAAAUAUGAAGGACAAACACACAACUAAUUCAAUAUUUUUGUUACAGCAGUCAUUUACUCUUUCAUGCAAAUCUUUAUUUGCCCAGGAGGUUUUGAAUAUCAUCAGUAUUUAAUCAAUUUAUACAUUGGUUUGCAUAGCAAGAAAUAUAACUUUUUCGGAAAUCCCCUACUGAAGAUUUGUGUUUUGCUAAGAACACAGAUGCAAAGAAUGUCAUUUGGACUUCAUGUUUCUCUCCUCCUUCACACAUUCAUCUAAUCUAUUUCAGACACCACCACCCUAAUUUUCUGGGGAUUUUAAGGCAUACAUGGAGCGCUCUCUGUAUGCUUUUUAGAUUAGUUUCUUCCUUUUUCAGUUUCAGGUCCUUUUUGUUUCACUUGGGUAAGACUUGGUGAUAGUUUUCCUGACCUGCAGUGUAUAUACUAUCUGAAUUUCAAACUUUGCAGUAUGGAAAAUGCUCAGGCAUUCUGGAGAAACUGAACUUUCAAUUUUUGUUUUAACCUUUCUUGACCCUUUUUUCAUUUUUUUUUUUAAACGGAGAAAUGCUUAUAUAUGGCUAAUUUUUUCAAAAUAUUUUAAAAAAAGAAAAUUCAGUGUUUUAAUUGGCAGUCGAAAUUAUUACUGCUGGACAGCCUCCAUAUUAGCAACCUUAUGAAAGGUAUUAUGUUCUCCAAAAAAGCAACCAGGUCUGCUGCAGACUACUGCCACAAACUAUUGCAUUAAGCACUAGCAUGUUCACAUGACUACAAGGAAGAGAUUAUUUAAUCACUGGUCAAUCAUUACUGUUCUGAUGAUUAAUCUUUACAAAACUCUGAGUCUAUGGAGUCCUAGACUAAGUAAAGCUAUUGGACAAAAAUUGAUCUGAAUAAACUUCGUUCCAGUUCAACACUCA